CAUCUUUACAAAGAUUCAACAGAAGCUACAAAAAUGAAUUUGCAGUGGUUCUACAUCUUUUUCCUGUCUUAUAUAAUUCCAAACAUAAGUACAGAACCAUUCUAUAGCAUAAUUGCACCAAAAGUGGUCAGACCAGAUUCAGAAUACCAUGUAGCAAUAAGUACUACUGGUAUUUCAACAACAUCAACAGUAUACAUUGAACUGAAUGGGCAGCUUAACAAUGCAGAUACAUACAAUGUGUCCCAAACAGCACGUAUACAACCAUACUCCACAAGAAUCUUAAGGCUUGAAAUUGGGGAUGUUAUACCUGGUAGAUACCAACUAAUUGCACGUGGUCUAUCAGGAAUAGAUUUUUCAAGUUCAAAACCAGUUGAAUACAUUCAUAAGAGUUAUUCAGUCUUCAUACAGACUGACAGGGCCAUUUACAAACCAGGGAAUAAAGUCAUGUUUAGAUGCAUGUUAUUGAAUUCCAGACUCAGACCUACUCUUGCCAGAUUAAUAGAUAUUUACAUUACGGAUGGAAAAGGAAACAGAAUUAAACAAUGGAUUCGCCCACCUGUAACACGUGGAAUAUUUAACGGAGAGAUUGAAUUGUCUGAGUCACCUGUGUUAGGUACUUGGAAAAUCACUGCCAAUAUUGGUGAUCAAACAUUUGAGAAAGAGUUUGAAGUUGCUGAGUAUAUUCUUCCCAAUUUUGAAGUUACAAUAGAUGCUUCUAAGCACUUCACAUUUAAUGAUUCAAAAAUUACUGCAACAAUCCGUGCAAAGUAUACAUACGGCAAGCCAGUGAAGGGUGAGGCAACGAUUACAGCUUAUCCUGAUAUUUUCUCCAGUGUUAUUCAACCAAUUUUCCAACAACCUAUACGAAAAGUGAUGCCUAUUGAUGGGAAAGUGAUAGUUGAUUUUGACAUUGAAUCUGAACUUAAACUAUCCGAUGAUUACGAAAGACCAGUUAUGAUCGAUGUGGCUGUGGAAGAAUCUUUAACUGGUAGGAGACAAAAUACUUCUAUGCAAGUAACGCUACACCGACAUAAAUACAUAAUGGAGUUAAUAAAAACAUCAGAGUAUUAUAAACCUGGUUUAAAGUAUACAGCAUUUAUAAAAUUGACAUACCAUGAUGGAACGCCAGUUCAAGAUAACAAAAAUCCUGUUACAAUAAUGUAUGGAUAUACUUACAAUCAAUCUGCAUAUACAGUUAUUAAUAAAAUGUUAGAUAAAAAUGGUAUGGUACAACUCGAUUUCUAUCCACCAAAGAAUAAUGAAAAUACAUCAUUUUCCUUGAACAUUGAGGCACAGUAUCUAGGUCUGCACGAAUGGUUUCCAUCAACAAAUCAAGCUAUGUCUCAGAACAAUGAAUACAUACAAGCUGUCUUAAAAACUGAAAACCCAACUGUCAAUCGAGACGUUGAAAUUGAAGUAAAUUCUACAAUUCCGUUAAAAUAUAUCAACUAUGAAAUAUUUGGACGCGGUGAUAUAUUAGAUGCUGGUUCCAUAUAUGUGCAAGACAAAUACACUACAACUUUUAAAUUUCUUGCAACCUACGUUAUGGCUCCUACUGCACACGUAAUUGUAUAUUAUAUAGGAAAUGAUGCAGAAGUUAUCGCAGAUGCAUUGGAUGUAGAAUUAGAAGGAGUGCUUCAAAACUUUGUCGAUAUUAAAGUAACACCCAACGAAGUUGGACCAGGAGAAAAUGUCCACUUGAUCAUUACAUCAAAGCCAAAUUCAUACAUUGGAUUAUUAGGUGUGGACCAAAGGUCUAUUUUGCUCAAAUCUGGCAAUGAUAUUUCGCGUGAACAAGUAUAUAAAGAAUUAAAGUCGUAUGAUAUGGUACAAGACUCUCCAUACGCAGAUUCACUUUUUGAUCGGUAUCUUUGGAGUCGUGGAUCAGCCACAGCAAAUGACGUUUUUAGUGAAAGUGGCGCUAUCAUUAUAACAAAUGGAUAUGUUCAUGAAAAUUUUCCAAUUCGACAGCCGGGAAUACUGGAAGGUAGAAUAACAGGCUCGUCUCAUGGUGCAUCUACACUUCGACCAGACAUUGGUCCACCUGUUACGCACAAACUAGCAACAAGACCACCAUUGGCAGGUCCUUAUGCCUUCUCUCGCAUCCCAACUCCUGUCUGGAAUAAGCCCCGUGUAUUCCUAAUGCAUGACAUCUUAAACACCUGGCUUUUUACAAACUUCUCUUCAGGGUACGAUGGGAAGAACGAACUGAAAAGAAAUGUACCUGAUUCGAUCACAUCGUGGAUACUAACUGCAUUUUCUGUGAACGACGUUCAUGGAUUGGGUCUCAUUGAAGAACCACGAAAGUUGAAAGUUUUUAGACCAUUUUUUAUUGCUAUGGAUCUACCUUACUCUGUGAUUCGAGGAGAAAUCGUUGCGAUACAGAUUGUUGUAUUUAAUUACAUGAAUAAGGCCGUGGAAGCUGAAGUGUUACUGACGCAUGAGGGUCAGUUCGAUUUCGCGGAAGUUUCCAAUGAUGUGCACGAUGUACCAAAACUAGAAUUGUACCGCAAGAAGAAAGUGGAAGUGAAAGCUAAUUCUGGUUCCAGCGUAUCGUUUAUGAUUAUUCCACGAGAUUUGGGUUACAUCACAAUUAAAGCAACUGCAAAUAGUAUAUUAGCUGGUGAUAGUGUUGAACGUAAACUACUUGUAAAAGCGGAAGGAGAAACACAGUUCUUUAACAAAGCUGCUUUCUUAGAUCUUAGAAGCACACCUAGGACGUCGUCCAAUUUUACAAUAGAUAUACCCAAAAAUGCUGUACCAGGUUCUGAGCAUAUUGAAAUUUCAGCAGUAGGUGAUAUUUUGGGUCCAAGCAUUUUAAAUCUCGCAAAUUUAAUUAAGCUGCCUGCCGGUUGUGGAGAACAAAACAUGUUGAAUUUCGUUCCAAACAUAAUGAUUCUAAAUUAUCUCAAAAAUACAAAUCAGUUAACACAAGCAGUACAAGGUAAAGCUUUAAAGUAUAUGGAAGUAGGCUACCAGAGAGAGUUGACUUAUAGACAUGAUGAUGGAUCUUUCAGUGCAUUUGGCAUGUCUGAUAGUAAUGGUAGUACAUGGCUCACCGCCUUUGUGGCCAAAGCUUUCAAGCAGGCUAUGGAAUACAUUCCAGUUGAAGAUAGGAUAAUAGAUGAAGCUUUGCAAUGGUUAUCAAAUAAUCAAGCUCCAAAUGGAAGCUUUCCUGAAGUAGGAAAAGUCAGUCAUCGUGACAUGCAAGGUGGAGCUGCGAAAGGUCUUGCAUUGACAGCAUUCACUCUUAUUGCUUUCCUUGAGAACGAUGACCUUAACGGGAAGUACAAAAACACAGUAAACAAAGGAAUUGAUUACAUUGUCCGCAAUAUGAAUGAUCUGGACGAUGUCUAUGCUUUGAGUAUUUGCACGUAUGCCUUGAAUUUGGCAAAGCAUCCAUACGAGAACGCUGCAUUCAAUUUAUUGGAAUCGAAAGCUAUGACGAAGGAAGAGCUUAAAUGGUGGAGUAAACCUGUACCCAAGGAUGACAAAAAUCCAUGGUAUUCUCUGCCACGAUCUGUUGACGUAGAAAUGACGUCUUAUGCCUUAUUAACGUAUCUCAGGCGUAAUCUAGUCACUGAUUCCGUAGCUCUAAUGAAAUGGCUUGUGAAACAAAGAAAUGCCGAAGGUGGUUUUUCAUCUACGCAGGACACAGUGAUUGGAAUCCAAGCUUUGGCAAAAUUAGGUGAGAAAUUAGCAUCAAAGAACAAUGCUAUUUCAAUAACAUUCAUGUACGAGGGAGGCGGUCAGAGUCAGAUGAAUAUAAAUUCUGAUAAUUCUAUGAUACUUCAAAAACAUGUGCUUCCAAGAAAAACGCGAUUGGUUAAUAUAACAGGUAGUGGAAGUGGAUUCGCCUUAGUUCAAAUUUCAUUUCAAUAUAAUUUGAAUGUAACCGGUGCUUGGCCGCUCUUUACUUUGGACCCACAGGUUGAUAAAAAUUCCAAUGCGAAUCAUUUACAACUUUCUAUUUGCUCCGGGUUUGUACCAACAAAAGAAGCCAAUGAAAGUAACAUGGUUGUGAUGGAAGUGAGUCUACCAUCUGGUUUUACUGCAGACAGAGAUUCAUUACCUAGUCUUGAAGUAUCGCAAAACGUGAAACGCGUCGAAACUAAGGACGGAGACACAGUAGUAAUACUAUAUUUCGACAAGAUGGACAGGAAAGAAUAUUGUCCAACUGUAUCUGCAUUCAGAACACACAAAGUAGCAAAACAAAAGCCAGUACCAGUGACUAUAUAUGACUACUAUGAUUCGUCAAGAAGAGCAAGAGUAUUUUAUGAACCCCGUAAGGCUACACUUUGUGACUUAUGCAAGGAAGAAGACUGUGAAGAUUUAUGUGUAUCACAACUUGGUAAACAAGAGGACUCCUCUCAGUCUGCUGCCUCAUAUCUAAAUAUUCAUGUAUAUCUACAGUCAUUACUUGUGUUCUUCGCUGUUAAAUAUUUUGAAUAUUUGUAGCUAUAACUCUC